UCCACCAAACAACUCCCCAAACGUUGCCGAUCCUACGUCGGCCCAAUAAAACCACCAACCCCUCCCCCCUCACUCGCUCACGCACACCACACGCAGAAGAGAAAACCAGCCACCGUGAAUUCAGUCAUAGUGGCGGUCGACGAUGGAGUCACGGAUCGACGACUUAGCCGACGACCUCCAAAGUAUGAGCUUCAACUCCACAACUACCACCACAGCCACCGACAUCCACCGCUCUACAAGCUCCGGUUCCGACUGGACUUCCUCCUCCGCCCACUUCCCACCCCCCGCGGCACUCAAACCAUAUUCCUCCACCGUACCCUCUGGCGACCCAUGCUGGGAUGCCAUCCGCCUUUUCACAUCCCUCUCCCUAUACGACCUCCGCUUCCUCCACCGACUCGGAGCCGGAGACACCGGCUCCGUCUACUUGGCGGAACUCAAGCCGCCGCCUCCCUCCUCCGCCUCCCUCCCUAAACCCACUCCCGCGGCUCUGUUCGCAGCUAAGGUGAUGGACAAGAAAGAGCUGGCAAGCCGUAACAAGGAAGGGAGGGCGAGGACUGAGAAGGAAAUUCUCGAAAUGUUGGACCAUCCGUUUCUGCCGACGCUUUACGCCGCCAUUGAUUCUCCGAAAUGGUCGUGUCUUCUGACAGAGUUCUGCCCCGGUGGCGAUCUCCACGUACUCCGCCAGCGUCAGCCGUGCAAACGCUUUCCUGAAUCCGCCGUCAGGUUCUAUGCUUCUGAAGUCAUGGUAGCUCUAGAGUACAUCCACAUGAUGGGAAUUGUGUAUCGUGAUCUCAAACCUGAAAAUGUUUUAAUUCGAUCUGAUGGUCAUAUAAUGCUCACUGAUUUCGAUCUCUCUCUUUUGUGUGACGACUCCACAUCCACUCCGGCUCAAGUAAUCUCCACCCAGAACCCACCCAAUGCACUACCACCAGGUGAUCAUACCCUCGACCCACCGCCCUUUAGGUCCACCUCUUGCAUCCUCCCAAACUGCAUAGUCCCGGCCGUAUCAUGCUUCCACCCUAAGCGCAAGCGUAAGAAGAAGUCGAGCCAUCGUGCAAGACCUGCAUUCGUGGCUGAGCCCAUCGACGUCCGUUCGAUGUCCUUUGUUGGGACCCACGAGUACUUGGCCCCAGAGGUCAUCUCCGGAGAAGGGCACGGGAGCGCAGUGGAUUGGUGGACAUUAGGAAUAUUUAUUUUUGAAUUAUUUUAUGGUGUUACGCCGUUUCGUGGAAUGGAUCAUGAGAUAACUUUAGCUAAUAUUGUAGCACGUGCGCUUGAGUUCCCGAAAGACCCACCCAUACCCAGCCCAGCUAAGGACUUGAUAUCACAAUUGUUGGUGAAGGAUCCGGCCCGGCGAUUGGGAUCCACCCUAGGUGCAUCAGCAAUCAAGCACCACCCGUUCUUCCAAGGUGUGAAUUGGGCACUUUUGAGAUGUACAACUCCACCUUUUGUUCCUCCAUCAUUUAUUCGAGAUCUUGUAUCUGAUGAAAGUUGUCCAAAAGACACCCAAGUAGACUAUUACUAGUAAAGAAAAUUAAUUUUUUGUCAAAAUUGCAGCUUUCUAGCAAUAAUAUUCUUGGUUCAUGUAAAUAUCAUUUAGUCCGUCACAAAAUUAUCGCUCCAUCGCUAUAGUGUAUAGGUU